GCGUACCGAGAGGCAGAGAGCUCCAGACUCACGGACUUUACUUGUUCUUCUACUCGUUCUUCUCGCGGACUCUGAGCGGAUCUUUGCACCGAGCUGGAUUACCUUUUACUGGGACUUUAUCACUCCGGGACUCUAACGGGACCAACAGCCUCACAGCCGCGCUGUGGAUAUUUAAUGAUUAACCUGGAUUUUGUGGAUUAUUUUACUGACUUCAACAUGACUCUGGAGGAAGUCAUCGGGUCCAACAGCACCGAGAAAAAGAUGGAGACGGUGAGUCAGGCUCUGGAGGAGCUGCUGGUCGCGGCGCAGCGGCAGGACUGCCUCACGGUGGGAGUCUACGAGUCCGCCAAGCUCAUGAAUGUAGACCCGGACAGCGUGGUCUUGUGCGUCCUCGCCACUGAUGAGGAGGAUGAAGACGACAUCGCGCUGCAGAUCCACUUCACGCUGCUGCAGGCUUUCUGCUGCGACAACGACAUCAACAUCCUGCGCGUGUCCGGCAUGCGGCGUCUCGCUCAGCUGCUGGAGGAGGACACCGAGGACAGCAACGGGAACGAGCCCCGAGACCUGCACUGCAUCCUGGUCACUAACCCCCCUGUGCAGCCGCUGCAGAACCCGGCCCUGCAGAACAUCAGCAGCUUCUGCGAGGAGAGCCGCUGCACGAACCAGUGGGUCCCCUGUCUGCAGCUGCAGGACCGCUGAGCCGAACCGGAACCAUCCGAACCGAACCAGACCGCUGCGGAGCGGUGAGAGCGAGUGCAAACAGCCGCGCUUCUGUUGAAGACGAGAACCGGCGUUUGAGUGAACCGGACCGGAACCGGGACCGAACCGAACCGGAUCGUGGGGGGCUUUCCUGCUGCCUGAUUGAUUUGGCAGGGGGCGCGUGAGAAGCCGGUACCGGACGGGUUGAGAGGGCCGGACCGGCCCGUGCAGGUGGACUCCGGUCCUGGAUCUGCAGAGAAAGGGGGACAGGAUGUUUUAUUGACGGCCACAUCACGUGGCUGACGGGACUGAGGAGCUCGUGGACUUUACCUGAGCUGCACGAGCUGCAGGUGUGCUGCUCACCUGCACGCUCAAACACACACGAACUGAACUGUGACCUUAAGGGGGACAUGUGACGUCACGUUUUAUUGUAUUGUCAUGUGACGCAACGGAGUUACACACUGAACAGCUGAUUAUUUAAAUGGACAGAGUCUAAUAUAUGUUGAUUAUUUAACGUGACCAAUAAAUUAUUGAAGGAUAAA